CCCACUGGUCCUCCGAAGCCAGCGGGAAAAAAAGGCGGUGCUUUUGUGCCUCGGUACCGGUCGACGCUCGCAACAAUGGUUGAUAUGUCCGAUUUGAAGGACGGUGCUUUACGUGAAAUCGUUAUGGAUGAGAGUGUCUUCGGUAUUGAAUUCAAGUCACUUAUUGAACUUGAUGACUUGGAGGAGAUUUUUAAGCAUGAUCAACUAGGCGUCAAUAACAUGCACUCAUACAUCCGGUUGUUGUAUGACAGAGUGUUGCGCGGGACUCCGUUGUCUAACAGAUUCCGUUUCGUGUCUUCCGCCCACUGCAGCGGAAUGGCAAUUGCUUCGGAACGGGAAUCAGUUAGACAGCGAUUAGUCGAUAGAUUCAUGUCCACCGGCAACACAGAAUGUCUGCAUCUUUGGGCGUAUAAUACCCGACCAGUAGGAGCACACUGGUUGCUGCUUGCUAUCAACCCUAUAAGGGAAGUCGUGUAUUAUCUGAAUUCGGUAAACGGUGAAUGGACCAAUUAUCAGGCCAUGAAGGACAUCGUUGAUUUAUCAAUACAAGUGUUCCGAAGUCAACGGGACGCACAGGUAUCCCGAACUAAAUCUAGCAACAUUACUUGGAUCCAAAGUUUGAGAAAAUGGAUUGGGCCAGAGAACUCUUUGCACUGGGCUGGGUUAUUACCAGUCACUGUUACAUGGAGUAAUAUAGUAUCGGUCGGGUUUGGGGUUCAAAUGGCCUAA